AUGGAAAAAACUGAAAUUCGGGCAGUGAUAAAAUAUCAAUAUUUGAAAGGCUUAAAACCUCAAGAAAUAAUAAAUGACUUCAAUAAAACUUUGGGUUCCUCUGCUCCAUCGAAAACAACUGUUAACGAUUGGUAUAAUGAAUUCAAACGUGGUCGUUCAAGCACAAGUGACGUAGAACGUUCAGGAAGGCCAAAAGAGGUCGCAACUGAAGAAAUGAUCGAAAAAAUUCAUGAUAUUCUGAUAGAAAAUCGUAAAAUCAAAGUUCGUGAAAUUGCUAACCGUGUAAACAUUUCUUAUGAACGUGUCUUUAAUAUUUUCCACAAACAUUUGGAAAUAAAAAAGCUUGCUGCCAGAUGGGUGCCGCGCGUGUUGACUGUUGACCAAAAACGCAACCGAGUGACGACUUCUCAACAGUGUUUGGACAUGUUUAAUCGCAAUCUAUCGGAAGUUUUGCGUCGUUUUAUUACGAUGGACGAAAACGCAGCAAUCGGCUGCGUUUUCCAGCAAUCGGCUGGAAAGGUUAUGGCAAGUGUCUUUUGGGACGCACGUGGCAUAAUAUUUAUUGAUUUCUUAGAAAAAAAGAAAGACGAUCACUGGAGAGUAUUAUGCGUCCUUAUUAAAUCGCAUACGGGAUGA